AUGCUUGCCGCAUUGCCACAUGCCGUUAUGGGCAUCGUCGUUCUGUUCGGCGGACAACUUGCUGAUUAUCUGCGCUCAAACAAGAUUCUGUCCACGACCGCUGUACGGAAAAUUUUCAAUUGUGGAGGAUUCGGUGGUGAAGCGGCGUUCAUGCUUGUCGUUGCCUAUACCAAAAAAGAGUCGACGGCUGUUCUGGCGUUGGUGCUGGCUGUUGGUUGCUCAGGAUUCGCUAUCUCAGGAUUCAAUGUGAACCAUCUGGACAUCGCACCUCGUUACGCUGCUAUCCUUAUGGGUUUCUCAAAUGGGAUUGGAACGCUAGCCGGUCUCACGUGCCCAAUCGUCACCGAGAAAUUCACCGAAAGUGGACCUCAUGGAUGGGUGAAGGUAUAUUUUGCGUUUUGA